AUGGCACCGAACGAAAGCAUUCUACUACGCGAGUCGCUGCCAUCAGACGGCGGUGAUGCAGGGCCUCAAGAUAUCGCCAUCGGUGACGACGCAGCGAACCUCGACCAUGCCCGCUCACGACAGUGGGCGUCAAGUAGGCAGAAGGCCUGUGUUCUCGCGGGUUCCUCGAUACUGCAGCUGCCGAUAUGGGGGUUUGCCAUGAACUAUGGCGUGUUCCAAGAAUAUUAUUCGGGCAACUGGACGCUUGCAGGCAGUAGUGAAACCACCGGUAUCAUCGGCACGACCUCCAACGGCGUCGUGUACCUCUCGAUGCCUUUCCUGUUUGCUCUCUUCACAAGACGAUGGGCGCGGAGACGGCAGAUCGCAGCGCUUUGCGGCGCGGCCCUCACUUGUGUCUCGUUUCUCUUGUCCUCCUUUAGCACCGAUGUCUGGCAUCUGGUCGCGACACAAGGAGUCACAGCAGCGCUGGGAUGUGCGCUUAUCUACAGCCCGACCACUCUGUCCCUGGGGGAAUGGUUCAACACGGGCAAUCGGGCCGUCGCGUAUGGAGUUGUCUUGUCCUGCAAAAACAUUGUGGGCUCUGCUUGUCCAUUUCUGCUGCGCGCCUUGCUCGAUCGAUACGGCUUUCGAUCCACACUGAGAAUAUGGAGCGCCGUUGCGGCCGGGACAAGUGUGCUUGCGAUCUUCCUGAUCCCGACUCCUCCGUCAACCAUAACCUCGAGCGCGCAUCAUUCGCGCAAGAUUCCGUGGCACUUCCUCAGACACCAGACUUUCUACAUCUACAGCAUUGCCACCAUCCUACAGAGCUCCGGAUACGGCAUACCGCAGACAUACCUGAGCACCUAUGCUCACGAAGUCACGCUGCUGUCCCAGACCUCGGCCACACUGUUGCUGACACUGUUCAAUCUCCCGGGAAUAGUCUCAUCGUCUUUUUUUGGCUACCUCAGCGACAACAAGUGCUGCCCGCUGUCGGCGACAACCGUGACUGCGAUAUCAGCUGUCAGUUCGGCCUUGUCGGCCUUCCUGUUCUGGGGCUUGACGUCGCAAGGGGCGAUGGCGCUGCUGGUCCUGUUCUCCAUGACGUUUGGCUUCUUCGCCGGCGGCUACAGCGCCACAUGGGGAGGCAUCAUCAACGAGCUGGAGCACGAGGCCGCGCAGCGGAAUGAGGCCGUCGACACGGGAAUGCUGUAUGGCCUCCUUAACGGCGCGAGAGGGAUCGGAUACGUGAGCGGUGGUCUGGCUGGUGUGUCACUCCUCAAGGCCGGAAGCGCGGCCUCGUCCUCGGCGAGUGGAGCCGGGUACGAGACAUCCUAUGGUCCCCUCAUUAUCUUCACUGGCCUUUCUACCGUGUUUGGCGGCUGGGGGAUCUUGUGGAAGAUGCCCAAGCUGCUGCAUUUGGUGUGA